AUGGCUGCGUGUAUGUCUUGGUUGCCGCACCUUGCAGUCGUCACACCUCUCCCGGCAGUAGCUUUUGGAGCAGACUACGGCGAAGAGGUCAAUCCGGCUUCUCAAUUCAAAACAAAAACGAUACCGGAUGGUAUCAUGCCACCAUUGCCGGAUUUUGGGGUGCUUGCAGAGAAUCCUUUGAGUAGGUGGGAUGAUCAGAAUCUUACGCUUACCACGAAUGUUCCAAUACUCGGAAAUUUUCUCGCUAGGAUGCACUUGUCAAACGGUGCUGCCAGAAUCAAUGUCGCUGCUAUUCAGCUUAGUGUCACGCCAUUGAACGGGACAGCAGAAAGCAUCACUAUAACAGAUAGUCUGGAUGGUAGAAGUGCUGUCAAAUCAUUCCUUGGACAGAAGGGUAACGAUGCUUCUUCUAUAUACGUUUCUAAUCACCCAAAUGGCCUUCAAAAUGUCUCGGCAUGGACAGUUUCUACGGCAAAAUUUUCGAGCAGCAACACUAAAUCUAUCUCGCCGAGGUCUAUCGUGUAUCCUAGUGAUGAUACACUGACUAUUGGAAAAGAAUGGGAGUUUGAGCUCAAAUCUGGACAGCCAAUCACCUUCCAUAAAUUCGUCGGUAUUGCCUCGACGGACAAAUUCUCCAACGCACAAUUGAUAGCUAGUCAAGCAUCCAGGAAUGCCACAAAUGAUGGAUGGGAUGUACUUCUUGCCGAACACACUGCGAUUUGGAAUCAGCGUAUGGAAAGAAAAGUCGUCGAUUAUAGAAACCCAGCCACCGGUAAUUUACCAAUAAAUGAUACCCUUGCUGAGGUUGAUCAAAUCAAUGCUGCAGAAAAAUACAAAUUCGAUAAUGAUUCCGUGUUAUAUUCUUGGACUUCGGGUAGAUAUGGCAAUGCAACCGAGACGGGUCCCACAUUGGACUAUGAGUAUCACAUUAAUACGGAUGUGGCGAAGAUGAUGUUAGAUUAUAGAGGAAUUACCAACAACGAAGAAUACUUCAAAGAAGAACUUUGGCCAGUAGUGGAGAGCGUAGGUCAUACUAUCGAGGGAGUACUUCAGAAGGAUGAUCAGGGAAAAUGGAAUAUCUGGGACAUGACCGAUCCUGAUGGGUGGACUAAUCACGUCAAAAAUGGUGCCUUGACUCAAGCAUCCUUCUUUCAAAUCAUGAACUCCAUCAUCUCUAUCAAGAAGUAA